AAUGUUGGAUUCUCCCACUACAUAUCUGAGCUGAUUAUUGGCUAUCAUCCACUAACUUUGUACCAAGAUUUAUUAAUCAGACAAUCCGUAGCUGCAUUAUACCCGUUUCUUCUCUUCUAUAGGUUAUUUACAUGUGUUUAUCAUAGAUUAAUCUGUCUGUACUUGUCGGUAGGUGGCAGCCCUGUAUUCAAUUAUGUGCACGUGGUAUGUUGACAGUAUAGGUUAUUGGGACUAGAAUUUUUUAUUGUUUUCGUAACUUGAGCUCAGCGAAUCUAACAACAAAUGGAAGUUUUUAAAAAAAGUGGAGGUUCUUUACCAAUUUUCAGAAAUUUGGCAGCAGAUGACCCAGAACCAGAAACAACAGAAAUUGAAAGCUUGUGUGUAAACUGUGGUGAAAAUGGUAUCACAAGAUUAUUGCUUACAAAAAUACCAUUCUAUAAAGAGGUUGUACUGAUGUCAUUUGAAUGUGAACAUUGUGAUUUUAAAAACAAUGAAAUCCAACGAGGAGGAAAAGUGGGAGAGAAAGGAGUUCGCAUAACAGUACAUGUUCAGUCAGAACGUGAUUUAAACAGACAGGUUGUGAAAUCUGACUAUACUUCUGUUAAAAUUGUGGAACUGGAUUUUGAAAUUCCUGCACAAUCUCAAAAAGGAGAGAUUACAACAGUUGAGGGAGUAAUAGAUCGUGCUAUCUCUGGUCUUCAGCAAGAUCAGCCGUUAAGAAGGAUAGAAGAUCCUACUACUGCUGCACAAAUUGAUGAAUUCCUAACCAAAUUACUGAAGUUAAAAUCUGUUCAAAGUCCAUUUACGAUGGUAUUUGAAGAUAUCAGUGGGAAUUGUUUUAUAGAGAAUCCUUGUGCUCCUUUAAAGGAUCCUAGAACUGAAGUGGUGAGAUUUGCUCGUAACGUUGAUCAGGACCAUAUUUUAGGAAUUUAUACAUCCACUGAAAUUGGUGUUCAGCCUCAGUCAGACUUAGGUCUGUUGAAGAAGAUUGAAGCAGGAGAUUUUGUGUUAGAAGAUCUCCAUGGUGAAGUGUUACACUUUCCAACACAAUGUCCAGACUGUGGAACAAAUUGCCAAACUAAUAUGAAAGUUACAAAUAUUCCUUAUUUCAAAGAAGUGGUUAUCAUGGCUACAAACUGUGAUGCGUGUGGUCACCGAAGCAAUGAAGUAAAACCAGGUGGUGGAAUUGGGCGAAAAGGGAUACGCAUUGAAGUGAAAGUUAGAAGCAGAGAAGAUUUUAGUCGAGAUGUUUUGAAGUCUGAGACAUGUUCUUUGGAGGUUCCAGAGCUGGAGCUAAGUGUUGGUCCAUAUGCUCUGGGAGGUCGCUUUACUACUGUGGAAGGUCUUUUGGUAGCUGUGAAAGAGCAACUGACGUCUCAGGCGACAAUGUUUAUAGACAGUGCGGAUGAUGAGACAAAGAAUAGAGUCUCAAAAUUUGUAGCUGAGUUGGACGUGUUACUGGAAGGGAAUAAAGAAAUUACACUUGUGCUGGAUGAUCCUGCAGGAAACAGCUAUGUACAGAGUUUCACUCCUCCUGUACCAGAUUCAGGAAUAACUAUUAUAAACUAUGAGAGGACAUAUGCACAUAAUGAGGAGCUUGGCUUGAAUGACAUGAAGACUGAGAACUAUGAGACAAAUGACAACCAAAUGCACUGAAACAGAAGGCAGGAAAAUUAGUCCAGUCAUCAUGCAGAUAGCCUGUUGAAAUAAGAUGGGAGUGGGUUCUCCAUCUAAUUUCUUCAGAUUUGGAAGUCGUUUGCAUGCUUCUGUCUUCCAGGUGGCUUCAUCAAGGCUAUCAUACAAAUGAAGCAUUAUCAAGAAUGUUGUGGAUAAUAGGGGAUUUAAACUACCAUACUAUGGGGCUUCCAGCCGGAUGUUAACCCCAGAGUUAAUAGUUUAGCAGUAUGCUACUAUAACCUACAUUGAGCUGGACCAUGCAUACAUAAACUGUGAUGCAUGACAAUGUCCAGAACCAAAUAGGAAGAAAUGUUCCAUUCUGUUACAACAAACAGCUGUUUCGAAGGGAUAAGUAUCUGGCUAGCAUAAGUAGCCUUUGGCAUCAUCAAAUACAAGAACUUUGUAACAAAUUAUAGGCAUUGCCACCCUAAAACUAAAAUAAAAUAAUUUACAAACCUACAAAAAGUAGAUCCUCUAAGCUUGGCAGAUCUUGCAGUUUGUUAAAUUCUGCCCAAUCUUUGACAAGAUUAUUUGACAUGUAAAGUACCUUCAGUUUCUUUAGAACACUAACUCCUUUUACUUUUUCAAUUAAAUUAUAUGAAAUCCACAGUUCUUCCAGUGUAUCACCCACACUUUCCUGCAAAGAAAGGAAAUAAUAAUUGAUCAUUGCUGAAAAUACAGCAAAAAUUCUGCCUCGAUAAGUAAUGCUGUAGUCAAAGAAUGUGUGCAGUGCUGCUGAAAACUGUUGUCAGAGGCAAAUGCUGCCAUCUGGCUAUUUAUUUAUUUAUAGUUUAUUUAAGGAUGCUUUUUCAGUAGCUGAGAUUAUAUAGCAUCGAAAAGAAGAUAGUGGGUAAUAGAUUGGAAAGGAUGUGGUAGGAAGGGGUCUGGUUAUUAGCGUGUCACCAUACUACUAACAUUUGAAGGAUACAAAAUAAAUUCUUUACAGUAUGACACAAUA